AUGCAUGCACGGACUGCGACCGAGAAAGUAACUCUUUCGUUUCUCCCUGCAGAAUUUCCGCAAGCAACUAAGAGUGAUAUUUAUUGCUUGAAAUCUAUUAAGGAUUUCUUGGAAGACCCUUUUGAUUACUUCUCUUCAUGGGACUUCACCAAUUCUACAGAGGGUUUCCUCUGUGGCUUUAGGGGAGUCGAAUGCUGGAAACCUAGUGAGAGCAGAGUCGUAGCUCUCACACUUUCUGGCAUGGGGCUCCAGGGCCACUUCCCUCCUGGUUUGGAAAACUGCACAAGCAUAACAGGUUUGGACCUUUUAAGUAAUGAGCUUCAGGGACCAAUUCCAUCUGACAUCUCUGAAAGGCUACCAUACAUCGCCAGCCUUGAUCUAUCCUUCAUCUACUAUUCUGGUGAAAUCCCAUCAAGUAUUGCCAAUUUCUCUUUUUAG